AUGCAUUUAGCUGGCGCUAAUCUUUCUGCCGCAAGAUAUCUUCAGGACAACGGAAGAUGGGAAGAUUCUGUCGAAGUCUGCAAAUUGGAAGAGUUUUCGAAUGAGUCGAAGAGUUUGUUGAGAAGAGCCGCCCACCACUUCUUGGAUACUGGAAAUGCAAUGAACGCUUUGUUGCUGUUCAUAUCAAUAAGAGAUUUCCAUCCUGCUUUGGCAAUUUUGAUGCAGAUAAAAUACAAAGCUCUCGCGUUUCAUUUGAUGAUGUUCUUGGAUAGGGCUGAUGUAAUUAAGCCGUACGACGAAGACACUUCGAGAUACGCAACACAGUUUGCGGAUUUGGAUACUUUGAGACAGGAUAUAAUUGUCAAAUAUGACAAAAUAAUUAAGAAAUAA